GCCUAAGGAUGUACUGUACAGCCCACAAAAUAUUAGUCGGGUCAAACCCGUAAUUAACAUACAGAAUAUCGGGCUAUCGGGUCUCUCCAUCUCUUCGCUCUCCCUCUGGAAUUUUGGGUUCAAGACUUCAUGGUCGUUGAUUUUGUCACUGUUUGUUGAUCAAGACUUUAUGGCGUAAAGCCCACACCUUCCGAGUCAGUUAGCAGCUAAAUCUAACAGUUAAUGAAUCUGAUUGAAGCAAAUGGGUUACGCUUCUCUGAUUUUCUUGCUUCUCCUCAAUCUGAUUCUACCCUUUUCAUCUGGUAAAUCCAAUGGACUCUGUGUUUCCCAAGGUGGUCGCUUUCCACCAUUCUCAUCAGACGGAAAGCCUCCAAAAAAGGUUAGCAGGGGAUCCAAGGAUCUGACUCUUUGCAGGGUGUUCCGCCAGAAAACUUGCUGUGAUGUGGCUCAGACACACCCUGCAUUGCUAAACAUAAGGAAGCUCGCUUCUACUGGGGAGGCCAAUCAAGAGUGCUUGCAAUUGUGGGAGCUAUUAGAAUGUUCCAUAUGUAAUCCACAAGUUGGUGUUCAGCCAGGACCUCCUAGAUUGUGCAGCUCUUUGUGUGACAGAGUUUUUAAUGCUUGCUCUGAUGCUUACUUCUCCAUGGAGGCAAUGACACAGGUUCUAGCACCAUGUGGAGUAAAUGAUUUUGUUUGUGGCAGGGCUUCACAGUGGGUUCAUAAUGGCACAGAACUGUGUCAUGCUGCAGGAUUUGCUGUUAAAGAUGAUCUGGUUGGUGAAUCUUGUUAUGGCGGCAAAGCCAGUCUAGACUUAAUUUCUGAUUCAUGGAAAGCUUCACGGUCGUCUGCGAUGCCUCAGAAAACUGGGGCAGCAGGCAUGUUAGAUGAUUUCCAUCAGUGGGUGCUGGAAAUGGCAUUUGCCGAUAGAGUUUCGUGGGCUGUUGGAGGGAUGGUUCUUACAGCUGGAUUACUGUUUUUGAGCAAACGGAAAAGUCACAACCAUCGUCAGAAACUAGCUGCUAUUCAACGCACUGCUAGGAAAAUGGAAGGCCAAAUGAACCAGAACUAUCCUGGUUACCAAGCAAAUAAGAAGGCUUCAAAGUCGGAGGACAAAAACAGAGACCGGCGCACGAUAGCAUAGAAUGUUACACGUGGCACAGCAGUGUGCGGAAGGUGUUAUAGGGGUGUGUGGUCUAAUUCUAUAUCCUCUAAAGGUUGGUCUGUCUUAAAUUUUUGGUUGGUUGGUUGGUUUUGUUAGUUGGUCAUGGUUAUAAAGCCUCAAUUUUUUUUCCCUUUAUUAUUAUUAAAAAGAAAACAAAAACAGAGAAUUUGGUCUCCCAUUACUGUUAAUGGACAUCACUAACAACAAGGUUUCUGUAUGGUUUUAAUUAAUUAAGAAAAUAGUUAAACUCGGGCGGCUGCUUGAUUCUGAAUCAUGUGAUGAUGGCUAUAGAAUCGUAUGGUUUCUUUAUUAAUAAUAUUAUAACUUAGGGAAUCCUAAGUUGCAUAA